AUGGCCAAGUCUCCAGUGCCCGCUGUGUACUCCCUAUUCCUGCAGAACAAGAAUCCGCGGUAUAGAUUCACCGCAGAGGAGACUGCGUUCAUGCUAUCCAAGAGUUAUGUGCAUCUACUGCCCCCUCAUCAUUGGAGAAGAAGGAAACUGAUCGCCUGGGCAGUGUCCAACCUCCACGCGUCGAAUAAUAGGGCAGAGUAUGCAAAUGCAGUCGCCAGAUUCAUUCCCGUAAGGCACGAUAUGAUUCCCGUUGUAUUGGGUGCCUUUAAAGACGAUUACGAAAGUGCGUUGCCUCCACACUCGUACAUCAACGUGGAUGACUACAAGUCGAUACGUGAAUUGACCGAUUUCUUACUCUACUUGGACACGAAUGACACUGCCUAUGCAGCCUACUUUGCCUGGAAGGAGCAUGGCAGAAUUUGCCUGCUACAUGAUGUUUGUCUUCACGCAGCACAGCUAUACAUGGAUGAGUGGUACACCGACUGCAAAUUGAUGUGGCGUUAA